ACAGAUACAGAAGCACACGUGGUACAUAGGAGGGAAAAACGAGCCAGAACCAGAACAGCCGGUGCCAAGGAAAGUGGCGAUUCGCAUGCUACCCUCCACCGAGGACAUCGACCCAGACGUGCUGGAAAGCAUGCACUCGCUGGGCUGUUUCAGAGACAAAAACAAACUGAUGAAAGACCUGCUGUCAGACGAUGACAACCAGGAAAAGAUGAUCUACUUUCUUCUGUUGGACCGUAAGGAGAGAUAUCCCAGCCAUGAGGAUCAGAAUCUACCACCCAGAAAUGAAGUUGAUCCUCCCAGGAAGCGAGUGGACUCUCCGCUCUUGACAAGGCACAACAAGAGGAGGCCAGAGCGCAAAUCUAUGGAGGUGCUGAGUGUGACCGAAGGCGGUUCUCCUGUUCCUGUGAGACGAGCCAUUGACAUGGCACAACACGGACAGAGUAAAAGCUUGGAUAUCUCAGAUGCCAACCCCAUACUGCAAAGCAAGGAAGAGAGGUCUCGGUCCAUCAGUGGAGCGUCUUCUGGUCUGUCCACCAGCCCCCUCAGCAGUCCUCGGCCCAUGCGUCGAUUCGCCGUCCCCCCGCAAUCGGCAGAACUCACUUAUUCCCCAAACAACAGCCCCACCCAUGCUCCUGUGUCACGGUUUAACGGCACAGGCCCGCACUCCCCAAAAACCUUUCAACCAAAGACAGGUGCCCUUCAGCCCAACAGCAAAACUCAGACCCUACCAGCCAAGCCCAAAGUUGCAGACAAGCCGCUGCAGGCCACAAGGUCCAACCCACUGCCUCACACAACGGCCACGCCGUCGUCGGCCAAGUCCGAACCUUCUACGCCUUCCACGCCUUGCCAACCCCUCCCACCACCAAUACCCAGCAGCCCCAAGGUGCGGCGGCCACCUUUAACGGUGCCACCCAAACUCUCCGUUCCCCUUUCUCCCCUUUCGCCCAUCCGGCUUCACCAUCUUCACCCGCUGGCCGGGACUGACCACAACGGCAAAUCUAUCCCCACCAUACAGGUUACGCCCCACCCCUCUCCCAGGGGUAGCCCGCUGCCGACUCCAAAAGGGACACCGGUGCACACACCUAAGGAGAGCCCAGCCGGGACCCCCAGCCCCACGCCACCCCCAAGCCCCUCUAUUGGAGGCUUGCCCUGGAGGACACGCCUCAACUCCAUUAAGAACAGCUUCCUUGGCUCGCCACGCUUCCAUCGCAGGAAACUACAAGUUCCCACACAAGAGGAAAUGUCCAGCCUAACACCAGAGUCUUCCCCUGAACUUGCCAAAAAAUCUUGGUUUGGAAACUUUAUCAACCUUGAAAAGGAGGAGCAGAUCUUCGUGGUGAUUCGAGACAAGCCUCUGAGCUCCAUAAAAGCAGAUAUUGUUCACGCCUUUCUCUCAAUUCCCAGCCUCAGCCACAGCGUGAUCUCUCAGACGAGUUUCCGGGCGGAAUACAAGUCGACGGCUGGCCCAACCGUGUUCCAAAAACCAGUGAAGUUCCAGGUGGACAUCACCUACACCGAAAGCACGGCUGCCACCAAGGAGAACGGCAUCUACUCUGUCACUUUCACACUGCUCUCAGGUCCCAGUCGGCGCUUCAAACGGGUGGUGGAGACGAUUCAGGCCCAGUUGUUAAGUUCACAUGACCAGCCUGGUGUUCAGCAGCUGCCUGGACUUAUCCAGAAAACGUGUUAAAGUCCAUGUCCUGCUCUUGCACAAGAUUCUUGUAUGGCACAUUGAUGGAGGGCACAUUACAGUAGACGCUGAGGGAAACUCCUCAUUCUGAUGCAUCUAAACAAAUGCCAACAAGAUCCGUUCCAACUUACUCCUCAAACUGCUUUCCUCUGCAGCUACAAACCACACAAGGAUUUGGAGUGAAGCCUUAAAACCUUAAAAUGAUGAAUUUCUAUUAAGCUAAGUCUAUCUUCACCAGCUUUCUGUCUUUUUAUUUUACUUGUCCUUUAUCUCCCUCACUUAUGCCACAAGUAUUUAUAAACCAGGAUAUUGCUGCAAAGGAUCAGGUGAACGGAGUUGGAACUAUGGACAUCAUAAUGCGUUUGAGGAGUUGCCCUUCAGGACUUGUUGGAUUGUAUUCUUUUCAAUGUAGUCUUUCUUUGUGAAAUGAAGAAAUGAAACAUUUCAUGGACUUUGUGUCAUUGCUGUAAGAUUUGGAGAUCUUAUUUGAAAAAUUAUGGGGAGAAGAACAUUGCUGUGGGUUGUGAACUGGGAUAACAGGGAGGGGGAUCACAGUUAAAAAUGAUCUAUUCUGUUGUACAGACUGAAAAUAUUCCUUUAUGUACAAAUGUCUAUCGGUGACAUUGCUUAGACGAAUUGUGUUGCAACAUUUUGUUUUCUCCUCAUGUAGCGUUUAACGAAAUGUUAGUUUUGAAUGAAAUUACGCUUGUGUAUUCAAGGGUUACUUAUGAUGUCAAUUUUUAUUUAUUUAUUUUUUGUUUGCCUUCGAGAAACAUCUGCGGGAUUCAGAGAACUUUUACCCUAAUUUUUGUAACUUAUUUAUCUGUUAUUGUCUUUUUUAUUUAUUCAGCCGGGGGAUAUUUAUAUAUACAAAACCGGGUGGGGAAGAUUUUAUCGUCAGGGCGACUCGUCAGAUUGUUUAAAGGAUUUGGUGUACGAUAACACUUAUCCGAUUUUGUGAAUGAAGCACUCUUUCCCGGCUUUGACCAGAUAAAAGAGCUUGUAGUAUAUGUUAAAUUAUUUACCGGUAAUUUAAGAAUGUAGACUAGCGUCUUUAGGGUGGGGGGGUGCGAGGGAUAAUGAAGUAUUGAUAUUUGUCACUCAUCUCAUUGUGCGUGUAUAACAGGUGGACAAGCUCAAAUCACAUGUUGUAAAUAGACAACUUUGAGCAAAUUACUUUCUUAAAAAACAUCAAGGGGAUGUUGCUGCUCCUGGCUCGAUCUCUCGUAUUGCAUGUCCGACAUUCGGCUUUAAUUUGCAUGAUGUUGUGGAUGUUAUAUUUCUCUCCCUUCAUCUUUCAUUGACAGAUUUAACAGACUCUCUACCCACACCAACCAUACCUUGAGUUUUUAGUUGCGCAUCUCUUUUAUCACGAACGAUUUCCCGCCCCAUUCUCACUCUUCUCUUAUCAAGCUUUUGUUUUGAGGGGGAAUUCACACACAUGGUCAUUUAUGGGAACAUUCAGCGUGGAGAAUAAGUGGAGAUGUAAUAAGCAAUACACAUUGUUGUCUUUCCUAUUUUGUACUUUGGGAGAAAAAGGAGCACAGCUGGAUGAUGUAAUGUAUCACAGAUUUGAUUAAUACGGAGCGGGAAAAAUAGACUCACCGCUGAUGUAUCCCCUUGUAACUACUGUGAACAAAAUCAGUGCAAAGGAAAUAAAUCCAUUGACUUUGGAACGUUG